CGCACGCCAUGUGUUAUUCCCAGCUGAGUUGCGCUUUGCUUUGAGGACAGUAUAUAUAUUAGCACCGUGCUACACUCUCAACAGGUUUAAUAUAUAACACUAAUAAUUACAUCAAUACAUCAACUGCAAGACAUGUCGAGGUCGGUAUAUGAAAAAUGCUAAGAUUUGUUGCAAACCGGGCAUUUAGAGAGUUGCGAAGACGUAGGCACUAUGUGGUAUUUCUUGUGGUGUUAGCAAUAUUCAUAUAUACGCUUUCCAUCAACAUAAUAUACAUCUCCAAGAAACAAUUACAAAUACGUGGAAGUUACGACGCCACGCCGACUUCAGAUGGAAGGAAAAUACUUAAUAAUUCUGAUGCGACCGUUUAUCACGGACCGCUUCCAUAUUACUACAAGUACGAUAUUAAUCAAAUACACACAUGUAACAGUUCCAUCAAACUUCUGAUAUUUGUGUUUAGCGCCCCUUACAACAAGGAGUACAGAGAUACUAUCAGGACAACGUGGGCAUCUAAACCUUUCACUGUCAAAUAUAAUGCCAAGGUUCUCUUUUUGUUUGGGAUGGAUCCACACGAAGGAAACAACAGUGUGGUGGAGUCUGAAAACGAGCGACAUCACGAUGUGGUUCGAGCAAACUUCGUGGACAGUUACGAAAACCUGACGCUGAAGAGUUUAGCCAUGUUGAACUGGGUGUUGACGUACUGCUCCAGCACCAAGUAUCUGUUAAAAUCUGACGAUGAUGUGUAUGUUAAUACCCCUGUCCUCCUCGAUAAGAUGAGAAGAUACGAAUCUGUGCUACAAAAGUUCCUGAUAGGACGAAUCCAUCCUGUAAAACCAGUACCUCGAGAAGGCGACAUUCCAAAGCCGGAGGCAAAAUGGAUUAUCUCCAGAAAGGAAUACAGUGAAGAUCUUUAUCCCGCAUAUCUGAAGGGUAGCGCAUAUGCAAUGACUCGCGCAGCACUACCAGACUUGUAUGCAGCUAGCAUGGAAGUACACUAUAUCAAAAUAGAAGAUGUUUUUCUCACUGGUCUGUGUGCUAACAAGGCGGGUAUUACUCGGAUUCAGAUGAAAUGCUUGCGGACAAUACAUCCAUGUAAAUUGAGACAGCAUGCUAUCAGUAGAGACAGUCUGUCAGUCGCGCUGAUGAACUAUUUUCAUCAGUAUUUCCAAAAUAGUACUGGUCUUUGCAAAACAUGACUGUAAAACCUGGACCGUGUUUUACAAAGCGACCUCAGCGCUAAGAUCACUUUAUGUGCAUACAGUAGCUAUGCACUCAAAGGGAUCUUAGCGCUACGAUCGCUUCGUAAAACAGGAUCCGAUACUUUUUGUCGCCACAAUUAUAUAAUGCAUUAUGCUGCUGUUUCUUAUUAACCCUGAACUCGGCCUUUUCUUUGUUUAACACGAUGACCAGAGGAAACAAAUCGUAUUAAGUGCUGUGAAUGGGUAAUUAACGUGGAAGAUUUUACGAUCUAUCAUGGCGACUUAAAAGUCAACGUACCAUGGUAAACAUACUUUCUAUGUAUGCACACGUAAAAGGAUACUUUUCCAAACAAUGGAGAAGGAUAUUCUGGCUUGAAUGUAUUAAUAAAUUAAGAGAAUGUGUUUAUCCAGUUUAAUUGCUGCUAUAUAUUUGCACUGGCAGUCUUUGCAUACAAGGAAAACACGAGGUGUAAGAAUUAACCUGACACAAAAGAAGCUGAUUUGCAUAUUAAGUUGAAAUUACUGCGUCAAACAUACCACGACUUUAUCAACCAGCUAUUCAAUGUGUUUUUUUUGUUUUUUGUUUUUAAUUAUUAUUAAGAAGACAGUUUCAGCUUGCUUACAGAGUAAUAAAGGUAAAUAAAAUAC